CAGUGGCGCCCCCACCGGAGCGGCCGGCGCAGGGACAGCCAUGUGGGCCAGAGCGGGUGGAGCAGUUGGCCGCGCAGUGAGCCUCUCGCUGCUGAGGAGCGCGACCAGAUCGGAGGUUCGUCCGCUACCUUGUCAGCCCGUCCGCCAGAUGUCAGCUCGAGUGUGGUGCCUGGCGACGCGGCCGGACGGCCCGGCCAAGGCGUCGGAUUUCCAGCUGAAGGAGGAGCCGCUGCCGGAGCCGAAGGAGGGUGACGUGCUGCUGGAGGCCGAGUUCCUCAGCGUUGACCCGUACAUGCGGGCGUUUGCCUCACAGCUCCCGCUGGGAGAGCCCAUGCCCGGCGCUCAGGUGGCCAAGGUGGUGAGCUCCCGCUGUCCGACGCUGGCCGAGGGUCGCCGGGUGCUGGUGGCCGCUGGCUGGCGGGAGCGGUCGGUGGUGUCGCCGGAGACGGGCCGGCCGGGCGGCGCGCCCGUUGUGCCGCUACCAGCCGCCGCGCCCGUUUCCUACUCCCACUACCUGGGCGUGGUGGGCAUGACUGGCCUGACGGCCUACUGCGCCGUACACGACCUGCUGCAGCCGCAGCCCGGCCAGACGCUGGUGGUGAACGCUGCCGCCGGCGCCGUCGGCUCGGUGGUCGGCCAGAUUGGCCGCAUUCUGGGCGCGCGUGUCAUCGGGUAUGCCGGCAGCGAUGACAAGGUGGCCUGGCUCAAGGACACGCUCAAGUUUGACGAGGCGUUCAACUACAAGACGCAGGAUUUGGCGGAGACGCUGCGCGCCGCGGCGCCCGAUGGCGUUAACUGUUACUUCGACGCCGUCGGCGGCAAGUUCUCUGCCACAGUGGUACAGCAGAUGGCCGACAAGGGCCGGAUCGCCUGUAUCGGCGCCAGCAGCGGCUACAACGACAAGACGGCGGCCACCAGCGGCCCCUUUCCUGAGCUGGCCAUCAUCAUGAAGCAGCUGACCAUCACGGGAUUCCAGUACUUCUCACAGGACUUGGCCUCGGAGAAAUUUCAGGCGGCACGCGCCCAGCUGGCGCAAUGGGUGGCCGAGGGCAAGCUGGAGGCCAAGCAGACCUUUACAGACGGCUUCCAGAACAUGCCGCAGGCGCUGCUGGACAUGAUGGCCGGCAAGAACACCGGGAAGAUGGUGGUUCGCGCCUAAGCGAGCACGUGACGUCUGUGAGGAACCUGGAAAUUGUACUCAGGUGCAAAACUGUGCUGAAAUCCGUUUCUGCAUGCUUGUAUGUUUUAUUUCCUUGCGAUACGCUUCAACACACUACGUGGUUGCCGCGCUGUAAUGCAGGAGCGUAAACUCGUAGUACCCCCCCCGGUAGGCAUAUGCCACCUCCAUAUCAAAUGCAUGGAAUGUAUUAAUAUGUAUGUGACUAAAUGCUGACGGUAAGAAAUUUCCGGUAAAUACGUAAAAAUGACAACACCGAGAGGAUGCGACGGUGUUGUUUUUUUUUUGCGGCACCCAGGACCCCGCGCGCGCUAAGUUCGGUGUUCAGUAUAAAAGUUGUGUUCCCCAUAUGAAAUCCUGCACACACCCCUGCCUUGUGUAAGAUCAGAGCCAGCUACAGGACGCGCACGAUUGGCUUAAUGACAUCGUGCAGUUACAGUGCGUUGAAGACGGCGCAAAUACGCCACAACUUGUCUCACUAUGCGUGUAGGAAUUUUGCUUUCACCGCUUCUGCAGUUAUGGGCGCAUAAAGUUACAGGGUAUUUGAGUAUGAGAACGCAUGUAGGCAUCAUCAUCUAUGAUAGAGACUGUUUUAUAUAAGGUCUAUUUCAUCUGCGCUUCUGGUGUAUGGUUCAUUGUUUAGGAGUUACAAACAGGAAACGGAUCCUUUGGUGGUGGAAAAUAAAGUGGACGCCAACAGAU